GGCAAAAGAACGGGGCUCGAGGGCGUGAUCGGAUGAGAUACAUAAUGACGGAAUUAGUUAUAUGAGACUAGUUUAUAUCGUAUACCUUUAGGAAGUUUGAAAAUGGCCGCUCCAAAUGAUGAGACAGCAGCAGAUCUUCCAGUGAGGGAUCUGGAAUCGAGCCCUUCCGGAAUUCAAGGUUUUUUUGAGUCCAGCACUAGCAGAAGAAUGAAAGCGAGACAAGCAGUAUCUCGUAUUACCCGACAAGAACUAGAGGACAGAUAUUUACAAAUGCAUGAUGAGCACUUUCUACUCAAACAGCAAGCACGCAAGCAAGAGGAUAAAAUAAAAAGGAUGGCCACCAAGUUAAUACGACUGGUACAGGACAAAAAGAAGGCAGAGCAAGGGACUGGAGUUUCAAAAAGAUCGGGAAAAGAUGUUGAGCUUGAAGAGAUGAUUGAACAGCUGCAGGAGAAUGUGCGAGAGCUGGAGAAGCAAAAAGAGUCAUUACACAAUCGUUUAAUCGCUGCUAAGCAGCAACUGCAAACCCAGGGACACAGACAUGCCCCAUACAACUACGUACAGUCCCGUAUUAAUUCUGGCCUUCGAAAAGUGACUGAAGAUGUAUUAAUGCAAGGAGUUAUGCGCAAAGGAAUGAAAAUUCAGAAUCCUGAAGUCCCUUGCAGAUCUACUCAAGCAGCUCUUCCACGAUAUGGCCACAGUUUGCUUGAAGAAGCUCGAGCAGAGACCAGAAACCUAGAAAAUGUGAUAGCAUCACAGCGGAACCGCAUAGAUGAGUUGGAGCAUGCUACAGAUGUUCUCAAGGAUGAGCUGCAGAGAAAGGAUAGGGAGCACGAGGAAACCUUCCUACAGCUUAGAGAGCAACAAACCACAGGACAAAGGGCAACAAUCAAAGAGAAUGUUGUAUUGAUCAAGCUUCAGAAACAGCUGACAGAAAAAAACAGAGCUUUUGCUGAGAUGGAGAGCAAGUUUCAUGCACUUCAAGAGAAUUUGAAGACAGUUAAAGCUAAUCAAGAUUAUUUCCUGAAUGAAGUGGACAAGCUUAACAGCCAACUGAAAGAAGAGCGCUUGAAAAGCUUCCAUCUUGAGAAGCAGUUACAGUCCAGCACAUUCUCUCAGAAAAGUGUGGAAGAGUUACUUGGUCGCAUCAGUGAUUUAGAAAAAGAGCGUGAUCUAUUGAAAGAAAAUUCUGACAAAUUGUACAGCAGUGCCUUCACUGUGAGCAGCAGUCAAGAGCAACAACGAAAGUUAAGAGAGCAACAGUUAAAACUUCAAAUUGCUCAGCUUGAAGCUGCUCUAAAGUCUGACCUUGCAGACAAAAAUGAGGUUCUUGAAAGAAUGCGAAGAGAGCGAGAGCAUACUGAGAAACUUGAUGAAGAAAAUAAGAAACUCCAUCUGCGUUGCCUGGAACAGAAGCAUCAGAUUGAUGAAUUUCAGAACAGACUCAAAUUUUUCACAAAGGAAAGUGAUGUUGAUGUCAGUGAACUCAGUGAAGCUCUGAUGCUCAUAAAGAAACGGAAGCAACAGAUGAACGGAGAGCUCAAAUUUUUGGAGAAAGUGGAGGAUGACGUUGGGAAGGACCUUGAGAAGUCUUUAAGAGAAUUACAGGCAAACCAUGUGGAAACUGUGCAGGAACUUGAGAAAACUAGAAACAUGCUGAUAAUGCAGCAUAAAAUCAACAAAGAUUACCAGGUUGAAGUAGAGGCUGUUACACAGAAGAUGGAGGGUGUGCGUCGGGAUUAUGAAAUAAAGCUGGAACAAUAUGCCCACUUGCUUGAUGUCAGGGCAGCUCGUAUACGCAAACUUGAAGCCCAGUUAAAAGACAUUGCAUAUGGCACAAAGCAGUUCAGAUUCACACCAGAAAUAACUAAAGAAGAUGAUGUGGAAGAAUUUGAUGAAGCUGUACAUCUGGAGAGGGGCUACAAUCUUCUUGAGAUCCACAUAUCCAAAGCAGUGUUCUCUCCAGUUGUAGCCAAUAUCUUUGGAGACCAGGAGCCUGCCACUUUCUGCACGUAUGCUUUCUAUGACUUUGAGCUCCAAACUACACCCAUUGUGCGUGGCUUACAACCGUCAUAUGAGUUCACCUCUCAGUAUCUAGUACAGAUGGAUGACUUUUUCCUACAGUAUAUACAAAAGAGCACUGCAAGGCUGGAGGUUCAUUUGGCAAUAGGCACAGAUUUUAAAACAAUAGCUGUGUGUCAGCUAAGGUUCCAGGACAUUCUUGAAAAGAAUGGUGAAAUCUUUUCUAGUUCUACAUUGAUUGGGAUUGACAAUUACAUUAGUAAUUAUGGCACAGUUGAGUAUUGGGUCAGGCUUAAAGUUCCUAUGGAGCAAGCUAUUCGACUAUACAAAGAACGAGCGAAAGCUUUGGGUUACAUUUCCUCAAACCAAAGGGAUCCAUUUCAGAGCUAUCAGCCAGUAGGUGUUGGUAAAGGCAAAAACAUUGGCUUAACAGAAGAUAACCUGAUUGAACUGUUCAUAACCAUAAAUAGCUGCAACAAUUUAAAGUCUGGAACUAGUACAAGUCAGCCCAGUCCUUAUGUGGCCUACACCUUUUUUCAUUUUCCCGAUCACUAUACCAACACUAUUACAAACAGCAAUAAUCCACAAUUUGACGACCUCAAGUGCUUUCCAUUAUCCAUGAAUGCUGAUGUGGACAGAUACCUGAAAUCUCAGUCUCUUGUUCUGUAUGUUUUUGAUGACAGAGAAAUGAGCAAUGCUUACACUGGAAAAGCUAUGGUGCCUCUAAUCCCCCUUGCUCAUGAUAAAUGCAUUUCAGGAACGUUUCAGCUAACUGAUUUUCAAGGCAAUGAAAGAGGUACCAUUAAGGUCAUCUUAAAGUGGAAGACCACAUAUCUGCCUCCAAGUGACUCCAUUUUAUCAGAACCACUAAUAGAUGAACUACACAAAGAAAUACCGGCACCUGUCCGUUCACUGAAAGAUGAAGAAGUCCACAUUCCAAAAAGAACUAUGAUAGAGGCUGUUCCUAUUACACCUAUGCCGAAGCCAAGAGUACGAAAAUCCACAGCAGACAAAAGAGUCUCCUUUAUUGAUGCCAAUACAGAAAGUUUAAAUCCAGUAAACCAGUUCACUGAUGAAAGCGUGAACAAUCCUGUAACAGUGUUAAAUAUUUCUGAGGAACAUAAUAAAUCUGCAGAAGAGGAACCUCUGAAAAAAGCACUGAAGAACUAUCCAAACAACAAUGAAGAAAGCUCUCAACUUUCAGAUGGGCAAUACGAAGCCCAAAUCUAUGACACAUCAGGUGAUGAAACAGAAGUAUCUGAAGAUAUGGAAGCUGAAGAUCAUGAUGGAAAACAAACAACUGAUGGGAAUGAAUCUACAGCAACUGACAGUGAUGACUGCAUCAUUCCUGCAGCUAAAGAGGUGAAACCACUGUCAGAGAAGAUCUGCAUAGAGAUUCUGUCUUUAAAUUUGGAUAUUGAUUCAGAAGUGGUACAGAAUGAAGCCAUAAAGAAAUUGUUUGUGGAGCACAGACUUGGCAACCUUCCAGCUGUGGAAACUCUAAUGUCCUUACCAAAACCCAGAAAUGGGCAGCUCAUCCACUACAACCACAGCAAUGCGCUACAUUUGGAUAAAGCAAACAACCAAUCAAGGAGAGAUUACAUAAAGUCUCUUAUGAAGGAUCCAGAUCCCAGCAGUGGAAGUAUUAAAUUUACAGUGGUUAGUGACCCACCAGAGGAUGAACAGGACCUCGAGUGUGAUGAUAUUGGAUUUAGUAAUAUCAGCCUGAAAGAAAUUUUACAGACUGGCAAAGACGUUAUUCAACGGAAAAUUGAAAUUUAUGAUUCCAUGUCUGGAGAAAAAAUAAUUGGUAAGAUGACCGUGACAGUUGAAGCUGCUGAGGCCCUCAGGUCAUUGAUGCAGGAUUAAUAAGCCAAGUUUAUGCAUGGAAAAGGAAUUUAAAAACUUUGUUACUUCCUCCUGUUCCAGUUUUUAUCUUUGAAACCAACAACCAGAAUUUAAUAUGUUGAUAAUAAAGCAAGUUUAAUGGAGAAAUCCAGGCCGCAUAUCACAUUCUCAGUUCUGCAUUUUUUUUAAUCACCACAUUCUUUUUGUUUUCAAUCAGGUGCUAAGACACAUAAAUAUUUAAGAGUUUUAAAAGCAGCUUUGUGAGCUUCAUUCAUGAAAUGUUUGACAAGUGUUCAAAAUGCAAGAAUGUGUGCUAACAUGCUAACAUUUUGGAGCUUUGUUUUACA